AUGGCCCUGCCAAAGCGAAUUGUAAAGGAGACCGAGCGCCUUAUGGCAGAGCCGGUCCCCGGCAUCAAUGCUGUGCCUCAUGAAGACAACCUUCGAUACUUCGACGUGUCGAUCCACGGGCCUGCUCAGUCGCCGUACGAAGGAGGCAUUUUUCGUCUCGAGCUCUUUCUGCCGGAGGAUUAUCCUAUGACCCCGCCAAAGAUCCGUUUCUUGACCAAGAUCUACCAUCCCAACAUUGACCGCCUUGGACGCAUUUGCUUGGAUGUUCUGAAGAACAAUUGGUCCCCUGCUCUACAAAUCCGCACGAUUCUUCUCUCAAUCCAGGCCUUGCUUGGAGCUCCUAACCCUGAUGACCCGCUCGCCAAUGACGUUGCACAGCGUUGGAAGGAGGAUGAGCAAGCUGCGAUACAAACUGCAAAGGAAUGGACAAGAACUCAUGCAAUGACUUAG